AUGGAAGAAUCGACUGCUACUUCUGAUGUGGGUAGCCUUGAGAAAGCGCUAGAUAUUGAGAUGUCUAGGGAAAAUAAGGGCGAGCUCCCAAAGGAUGCCAUCCCUAGUUUUCCAGAGGGGGGAUUCAGGGCAUGGUUGACGGUUUCAGGAGCGGCUGCAGCCUUAUUUGUUUCAUUUGGAUGGGUCAACUGCAUAGCAUUGUUCCAGGCAAACUAUGAAAUGAACCAGCUCAAGGGUCUUUUUCAUGAUGUUCAUGUCACCGGUAGCAGGGAGCCUGUUCGACAGAUAUGGUCCGCGGGUACCAUUGCUCAUUGGAACAGUAUUGCAUGUUCUGGGCCUCAUGAUGGCAAGCAUCUCGACGAAGUACUAUCAGUUUGUGCUUAG